AUGGUCUCUUCCCCACUCGCCGGAUGCUCUCUCUCUCGACACCCCACGCCUCUGCCCUCCCUCAGGCCGGCCAACCUGGAGCCAGCGGCCGCGGCAGUGGAGGUGGGCAGGCUCAUCCUCAAGGCGGCGGAGUGGUCGCCGCAGUCCCACGAGCUCUUCCCGGAGGCGGCCCGCAAGCGGGCGGUCGCGGUGAUGCGGCUGGGCUACCUGAUCGCGUGGGACGAGGAGCGCUUCGACAGCCGCGAGGGAGCGGCUCCGGAGCUGGCGGACCUCUGGCGCGGCUUUGUGCUGCCAAGGGUGGUGGCGCCGCCAGACGCACCGCGUUCCGCAUGA